AUGUUCCCCUGGUCUGCUGUGUUUUCCCUGGAGCCAAAGGUGCCAGGCCAGCGAACCUCAGAGGAGUUGGUCACAAACACUCUGAUGCUGGAACUGGGUGCUAUGGUAAAACGGACUGAGCGCAUCUGUUUAGAGAGGGCCUCCAAGGUACGCCGGCGCAGCUCAUCAUCCUCAGCAGACUACAGCUGGCUGGUGGGACCUCAGCCCCGUGUCCACUACGAGCUCACACCAGGAGAUGUGCUGGACCUGCAGGAGCUCUGUGCAAAGAUUCCCACCCAACAGUGUGGCCCUGUCAUUGUCAGGUUUCGUAAACUGGUGACAGAGAUUGAGCCUGAGGUCCAAGAAGUCCCCCAGCUGUUCCGUUCAGUGUUGAGAGCCUGUCUGGAUGAAGAGCAAGCAGACAUGCAACUGCAGUCAGAGGCGGCCCACUGGGAGAAGCGGCGCAGCAAGAGCCUUUCAUUCGUCACCUUUCGAUCCAAGUUCCGUGUACUUGCCCGUGGCAGAGACAGCUUCGGUGGGUCACGUGGCAACCUGCAGGAAGCGUGUGAGUGGUCAGAAGAAGAAGAGGAGGAGGAGGAGGCAGCAACAUCAGCAGCACCACAUCCAAGAAGAGGACGAAGCAAGAGCAUGCCAGAAAUUAUCCCCAUAGAGACUUAAAAGAACAAUAACAUGAGAAGAGAGCACAGAAUAUGAGAGAUAGGAAAGAAAUAAUUUUUUAAGCUUGUGCUUAACAUUUGUUAC